CAUCCCAUCUCCAUGUCAGUGAGGGUCGGGCACUUCAGUGACGAAGCUCGCAACACAGGUUGAUUCAUCGAAAAUGGGACAUGGAACAUUGUUUAGACUGGAACUGGAACUGGGUUGCUUUGUAUGGCUUCUCAUCUGCGGCAGUGUGGCCGCCCAGACAGAGACAAAGCCGCGAAUCAUCAACGGCAGCGUGGCCAAGGUGGAGGAGACCAGGCAUCUCGUUUCCAUUCGCCUGAGAAGGCACGACAAUAACUUUGGCAGCGGACAUAUCUGUGGAGGAGCCCUAAUUGAGGUCAACAAAGUGCUCACUGCCGCGCACUGCCUCUACAACAAUGGAAGGAAACGCUAUCGCAGGCCUAGCGAACUGAUUGUGGUCAUGGGCACCCUGAACCGAUACGAACGCCUAAACAGCACCAUUGUGUGCGAGGUGAGCUCUAUGGCCUACAUGAAUACCUUCAGUCCGGACAGCAUGCGCGACGAUGUAGGGGUACUCUUCCUGCGUACGGGCUUGAUCCGCCAUGAUCCGUCCAGCGUAGCCCCAAUCCAGUUGGCUAGGCAAGUCACGCCUCCGGGUCGGGUUUGCCAGGUGGCCGGCUGGGGACGCACAGAGCAGAGCACCCUGUCCAACAUUCUUCUGACGGCCAAUGUGAGCACCAUUCGGCAACAGACCUGCCAGAGCAUAUACAAGUCGGGCCUGCUGCCGGGUAUGAUGUGUGCUGGCCGCCUCCAGGGCGGCACUGACUCAUGCCAGGGUGAUUCCGGGGGUCCGCUGGUGCACGAGGGCCGCGUCAUUGGUAUCGUUUCCUGGGGCUAUGGCUGUGCGGAGCCUGGAUUGCCGGGAGUAUAUGUGGAUGUGCAGUACUACCAGCAGUGGAUCGAUGAGCGGAGUGGUGUGGCCCGAUCCAGGACGUCUCCUGGCCUGGGCCUUAGUUUCAGUCUGCUCUUUGGCUUCUUGACUUUUACAGCCAGUACUCUCGUGGAGUACUAAAAUAUAUAUACCAUUCAUGUAGUUAUAAACCAUAAGCAAAUGUAUAUUCCUGCUCUGCAGGAUACGGAUACUUCUUCCGGGGAGUGCCCUCGGGUUUCCAUUCAACAAUCAACAUUUAUU